AUGAAACGACUGAGCUUGUCCCGGUGUCUGGGUCCAUCACUCGGGCACCAGCUAUUUCAACUGUCCCUGUCUCUGCCUGUGUCUAUCUGUCUUUCUAUCUCUCUUUCGCUCGCUGUCCAUCGAUGUCUCUCUCUUGUCCUCUCUCUCUCUUGUCUUUUCUCUCUCUCUCUGUUCACCCCCCCUCUCUCUGUUCACCCCCCCUCUCUCUCUCUGUUCACCCCUCUCUCUCUGUUCACCCCUCUCUCUCUGUUCACCCCUCUCUCUCUGUUCACCCUCUCUCUCUCUCCAUGUUCACCCUCUCUCUGUUCCCUCUCGCUUGUCCUCACUCUCUUUCUCUGUUCCCCUCUCUCUCUUGUCCUCUCUCUCUCUUUCUCUGUUCCCCUCUCUCUCUUGUCCUCUUUCUCUUGUCCUCUCUCUCUUGACCUCUCUCUCUUUCUCUUGACCUCUCUCUCUUCUCUCCCUCUCUCUCUCUUGUCCUCCUCUCUCUCUCUCUCUUGUCUCUCUUUGUCCCUCUCUCCCUCUCUCUCUUGUCCUCUCUAUCUCUAUUCUUGUCCUCUCUCUCUAUCUCUAGUCCCCUCUCUAUCUCUUGUCCCCCUCUCUAUCUCUUUGUCACCCCCUCUCUAUCUCUUGUCACCCCUCUCUAUCUCUUGUCACCCCUCUCUAUCUCUUGUCACCCCUCUCUAUCUCUUGUCACCCCUCUCUAUCUCUUGUCACCCCUCUCUAUCUCUGUUCCCCCCCUCUCUCUUUUGUCCUCUCUCUCUAUCUCUCUGUUCUUCUCUCUUUCUUCCUCUUCCUUCUUUUUCUCCUUGA